AUGCACGCCGAUCAGCUAUUACCGGCGGUCGUCGCCGCGGUGGCCAUGGCUUGCCUGCUCAUCGCCGGCCGGGCCGACGGCCUCGAGGAGUACGCCCCUUCUGCCGCGGUGAGCCUGGAGAUUGAGCCGCUGUCCAUGAACCAGAACCCCGGGGAGUUCCUCCCGCGACCGGAGGUGAUGUCGCUGCCGACCGAUCUGCUCUCAAGGCCAGACGUGGGUGGCGACGGUGAGGGGUACGUCCCGCAGGUGGAGGUUGUGCCAGAGGUGGUGCUGCAGCCCGGAGACCCCCUCGCCGAGGCUCUCGGCGGUGGCUCGUAUGCAGAGGAGCCAUCGACAGAGCCGGUCACGCUCAUGGGCGAGCAGGGCGACAUCUACCGCACCGGUGCGACACCGAGCCCAGCACAGCCGCCGGCGAAGCCGUCUUCCCCUGGCCAGAAGAAGGCUGGUUAA